AUGAAUUUUAACCACCAGGAUAGUUUAAAUGCAAUAGCUGCACAGUUACGAGAUUUAUCUUUUUCAAAGGCUGAUUAUCAGAAUCCCUCAUCACUAAUGGAUUCUAUAGGUGUGCAACGUGCUAAAUCUCCAUUUGGUGGUUCACAGCAGGAUGGCGGGAUUUUUCAGGCGCAGUUUCAGAAGCCCCUAAUGGGUUCGUGGGGACAAACAAAUGGUUUUCAGCAACCAAUGACCCCUACAACGUCGCUAUCGUCAACAGCAGCAACGCCACAGACUGCGAAUAAUAUCCCGUUGCAAUUUGAGCGCCCCAUGGCUAAUUCUGCUGGAGGAAUUCACCCGAUAAUGCCUCCGACGGCGUCUUUGUCAGGAUUUGGGUCCCAGUUUAUUCCGUUAAUGCCAUGCAAAGAGUCGGAAUGGAACUAUAUUGACCAUGCAGGGCAGAUUCAAGGACCUUUUACAUCAGGUAUGAUGGAUUCUUGGUUUGCCCAGAGAUUUUUUAUGCAGACUUUGCAGAUCAAAUUCAGCGGAAAUGUCGUAAAUCCUUUCGGCAUGGAUAUGAAUACUUUUAUCACGCUUAUGGAGCUUAUGACCAAAGUUAACGAUUUUAUUGAGCCUUUCAAGAAGUUUGAUCUUGUAUGCUGGCAGUUCCAACAGCAAUUACAGGAGCAAUCAUUUGUGCAGUCGCGCAUUGCAUCCCCCGUGUCUUUGCAUCCGCCGUUGCAGUCUCAGCCUGUUGCCAGCUCAAAGAUUCCAGCAAGAAUUGAGAAUCAUGACUACAGCUAUGGAGAGAUUAUGCAAUUGCAGGAUAAUGAUGGGGGUCACUAUCAAGAAGUUUCAGUUGUGAUUCCAUUUUCAAGAACUGUGAAGACGUUAUCCGAUGAAGAAUUCAGUCUUGAGAUGGAUGCGCACAAUUUGAAGUUAACGAUUAUGAAGGAAACAUCUGAGCGCGAGUCUCAGAAGCAUGCUGUUUCACAGGAGAAGGUUGAACAGCAGAUAGAUCAAGAACAAAAAACUGACCUUAAGUCAGAAGGUCAAUCGUCUUAUCUAGCGCAGGAAGCAGCUAUUACUAAUCAUCAGAAGACAAAGCCUGUCGCAAAUAAUGAAUCAUACAACAUUAAGACCACCGAUUCGGUGCAAGUAACGGAGAAUUCCGACUCUAAAGCUUCGCAGGAAGAACCUGCUAUCGUGCAUACGGCCGAGAAAGCCGAUGCUUCAAAAGAUACAGAGGCCACUAGGAAGCCUGUUGCUAGAAAUGAAAUCACCAGUAAACCAGCGCCUUGGGCUAAUAAGCAAAUGCCCGUAUAUGAUACAAUAUCCUUGCUGGAAAUACAGCAGAAGAAAGAGGAAGAGAGGAAGAAGAAACAACAAGAAUUUUUAAGCAAUAGCCGUAAACAAGCACUUCAGAUGCAGCAGGAAAUAGUUAAACAGGAGAAUCAACAUAUUCCAAUCACUGCUGUUGCAUCGUGGGCAAGCAAAACAAAGGUUACCGAUUCGUCAAAAACUGAAAAGGACCCCGAAGUGAUAUACCCAGAGCGGUUUAAGGACAAGGACUUUAUCGAAAAGCAAAAAAAACUAUGGGAGGAUGCUCAAAGGCUACACAACUCUCAAAAGUCUGCGUCUAACACUAACGAGGAUGAGUGGACAACCGUCACAACAAAGCAUACGCAGCCAAAGAUCAUUCCAAAACCAGUAUUAACUUCCGCUAAUUCUUACAUUAGUCCAGAUAAGUUGCGUGCUGCAAGCGCUAAUAACAUGAGACCCUACUUAAAGAAGCCUGCAAGCGCUGCAAAUAUAUCAACCACUUCAAAGCCCUUAUUGUACCCAGGGAACGCUUCCACAUCCGCACGUCGGGAAUUCCUGAAUUGGUGUAGAUCACAAAUGAACCUUUCACCAGGUGUCAAGGUCAACAACGUUUUGGAAAUGUUACUAUCUUUACCUGCUGGUAACGAGUCCCGUGAAAUCAUUGCAGAUGCUAUUUAUUCCAACAGUUCGAUAAUGGAUGGUAGAAGAUUUGCAACUGAGUUCUUGAAGAGACGUAUUGAAUGUGAAGAGAAGUUGAAAGAUAAUCUCACAUGGAGCCAAGCAUUAACCCUUCCAGAAGGGGACGCUGACGAUUGGGAAUUCCAAGUUGUCUGCAAAAAGAAAGGAAAAAGGCAUUGA